GCCAAAAAAAAAAAAAAAAAAAAACAAAAUCCUAACAAACAAACAAACAAAAGUAGAAUCGAAGAGAAUACUUCCCCCAUCUUCAUCAAGUUCUGUGGCACAAGCACAGUGUCCCAAUAGCUCAAAAGCUCCGAAUACUUUGCACAGAAACUCGAGAAGUCUUGGAGUUUCAAUCUUUAUUGAAUUCAAAUGGGCAGGUCCAUGGUCUUCUCCCCAAGCAUUCCUCUCAGAUUUUCUCAAAUACCCAGAUCAGUUCCAUCACCAACUCAUGAAAACCCGCGUCUUCCAUUGCGUUUUAGUAAGAAAUUCCAGCACGGGUUUGGAGGAAUUCGGUUUUUGAAGGUCAAACCCAUAAGAGAACUUUGCACAAAGGCAGUGUUAUCAGAAAUCCCCAACCACAAACAGUACCCAAAGAUAGGUGCCCAAUCAACUGGAACCAUUCCACCUAGUCAGCUCGUUGAGGUGGUUGAAUCUGCUGCUAAGACUGGUGCUGAGGUUGUGAUGGAUGCUGUUAAUAAGCCUCGAAAUGUCACAUAUAAAGGACUCACUGAUUUGGUGACCGAGACGGAUAAGAUGAGUGAAGCUGCUAUUUUAGAAGUUGUUAGAAAGAAUUUUGGAGAUCACCUCAUUCUUGGGGAGGAGGGAGGGGUUAUAGGAGACACUUCAUCCGAUUAUCUCUGGUGCAUUGAUCCUUUAGAUGGAACAACAAACUUUGCUCACGGUUAUCCUAGCUUUGCUGUUUCUAUUGGAGUUCUAUUUCGAGGGAAACCUGCCACUGCUGCUGUGGUAGAGUUUGUUGGGGGCCCAAUGUGUUGGAACACCCGCAUAUUUUCUGCAACUGCUGGUGGGGGAGCAUUCUGUAACGGUCAAAAAAUUCAUGUGAGUGAAAAUAAUCGGGUGGAGCAAUCCCUUCUAGUGACAGGGUUUGGGUAUGAACAUGAUGACCCAUGGGCUACCAACAUGGAUUUAUUUAAAGAAUUCACUGAUGUCAGCCGGGGUGUAAGAAGGCUUGGGGCCGCUGCAGUGGACAUGUGUCAUGUAGCUUUGGGGAUUGCGGAAGCCUACUGGGAGUAUCGUCUAAAGCCAUGGGAUAUGGCAGCUGGAGCUUUGAUAGUUGAAGAAGCUGGUGGCACAGUUACUCGCAUGGAUGGUGGAAAGUUUUCCGUGUUUGAUAGAUCUAUUUUAGUAUCCAAUGGUGCACUGCAUGAAAAGCUUUUGGAGAGAAUUGGACCUGCAACAGAGAAAUUGAAGAGAAAAGAAAUUGAUUUCUCAUUGUGGUACAAACCUGAAAAUUAUCAUGCAGAUCUUUGAGCUACCAAGAUUUCUGUCUUCUGUUGUCAACUCUGCUAGAAAGAUUUCUGCAGUGCAGAGCCAUGGAUUGCAGGCAAUUCACAAACUCUUUUUGGAUGUGGAAGGAUUCCAGAGAACUUGAGAAAGAAGAAAAUUAGAGUGAAGGGAGUGUGGUUACGAUGCUAUUGCCAGUGAAGGAUCUAGAAGAUGCUGGAGGAAAAGAUGAUGUUUAGCCCCCUUUUUUUUCCUUAGUCACCAUGUAUUAAGUCAUGGCAUGAUGAAUCACUGGAAAGCAUACAUCAGUAACUUUUUGUACCCAUCAUAAGAGCAAGCAUGCUUGUGUUUUGUGAUUGUGUUUCUGGGUAUAUUUCCCUUCUCCAUGUGUAAGGAUUGUUAGCUUUACUUUCUCCGACAGAAUUAUUUGUAUAUGGGAUUUAUAUAUGUAUGAUGCAGUAUGGUCAUGAAAUUUCAUUUUGCUUAUCUA